CAGAUUGUAACCCUAAAUCUCAGCUGCUAAUGGGCUCCAGCUCCUGGGUUUCCUGCCACUGAUCGGAUGUGUAUGGAUGUGAUGAGGAUGUUACAUCACUUGCAGUGCAGCCAGACGCCAGCAGCAGCAUCCAGCUCGGAGGUAACGCGGCGCACAAACCCAGCUGGCCAUAUUGUGCACCAGCUCUCCGCAAACCGGCUGCGUCACACCUAGAAAAAAAUCAAAAACGUACAGCAGCGCUGGAGCAAUAAAGUCCCCACAUCAGGAGAAAUACGCUGUUAUCAAAACGCUACUCGGCUGAGCUGGUUGGUGUGUUUUUUGUGCAGGGAAAAUGGUUAAACUGGGGAAUAAUUUCAGCGAGAAAAACAAUGGGAAGGUGGUUUCUGAAGACGGAUUUGACACCAUCCCUCUAAUAACACCAUUAGAUGCCAGUCAGCUGCAGUUUCCUCCACCAGAUAAGGUGGUGGUGAAGACAAAGGCAGACUAUGACGGUGACAGCAAGAAAGGAAAGCUACGGUCUCCCAAAAUCGCAGAGUUCUCAAUAAGCAUCAUCGAAGGUGUAUCUGAGCGACUCAAAGUGACCUUGCUGGUGAUCUGUGCCCUGGCCUUCCUUGUGUGUGUGGUGUUUCUGGUCGUCUACAAGGUCUACCAGUACGAGCAGCCUUGCCCCGACAGCUUCGUGUACACGCAAGGUCGCUGCAUGCCGGCUGGGAUGUAUGGCAACUACCCCCCUCAGGGCCCUGGGGGCCGCGGGCGCCUCUUUACCCUCAUCAACCACUACAACAUAGCCAAGCAGACCAUCACCCGGUCAGUAUCACCAUGGAUGACCAUUAUGUCUGAGGAAAAGGUCACCCAGCAGGAGACGGAGACUGCCCAGAAACUGGCUUAACCAACCUGGGAUCCAGGAGGUGGCCUCACCUGCUGCGGAUAUAAAUAAAUAAUACGGUUGUGCCAUUCAAGCAAACCUCAGAGUCCCAUGGCUUUCUGUGGGUGAAAAAUCAUCUUCUCUUGCCUGAGGUGCUCUGCUGCCUUGUUGAUGUAGUUUGGUCAGCUGAUGUGUACUGUAGCAGGAAAUCUGUGGAAAUUUUGAACAUGUUUUCAGCAAAGUGAGCCUCCCCCAUUGGGUGGAUUCAAGGUUUGUUUGAAUCGCAUAUGUUGUUAUUUAUUUACACUUCAAAACAGAGUGGCAAACUUGUAGAAGAAGCCACAGGAAUACAAACACAGACACACACUCACUGUCUUUGUACAUACACAUAUGUAACAGAACUCACUUUAGUACUCACAUUGUGAAACGACUGUGAACCAUCUCGUGUCUGCGUCGCUCGUUUUAACGCACAUGCACGCACGACUCUAAAAACAGUUUGAUUUGAACCUCUUUCUCAAAUACAUCAAGUACUGAUAGCGCAUGUCGGACCUUGUGAGGUCUAGCAAGUGGUAAAUCUCUCAUGAAGCGACAUUUGCAGCACAUUUGCCACUGAGGUCAUCUGUGUCAAAAUAUUUUACUGUCAUGAUAAUUGUGAAUAAAUGAGGCUUGACCUGGAGGAAACCUUUUAACCAGCGAAAAAAUAUAACUAUUUUAAUCGUGUUGUUUUGACGCAGCCCAUACUGCUCUCUGCAUUUAGUGCUGUUAAGGAGUUUUUAGUAUUUGAUGCAUCAAUUCUUUUUAACCAGCAUUAAUGAUUGUCUCCAUUCAUUUGAACUCUUUGUGAACACCAUGUGCUUUUCUUUGCUGACCACUUAAUGGUUACUUUUCAUAGCAUACAUUUUAUGCUACUGUACUGAAUGUUUUUGCAUUGCUAGUGAAGACACUGUAUUGUGCAAUGCUUUGCAUUAAUUAAUGUCAUCACCGAUGGCUGUUGGCAGCCAUCACAGAUACUAGACUUAGGUUGUUGUAGUGGAACAAUCUGAAAGUAGUCGCUUGUCCUGUUGCUUUUUUCUGUAUUUGUCAUUUAACUUAAACCUGUCACAAAUUAUGUACCUUUUUCAAACAAUGUAAUGAUUACCAUUGAAGUGCAUUUGCUACAUAAAAAUGUUCAAUGAAAAACUGAAAUAAAGUGCCCACAUUUCACACCAA